CGCAUAGCAAGAAAAGCAGCUCGGGAAACGUUCGAACCGAAGUCUACACACAAUACACUAAAUUCAAAAAAAUCGAAAAAUGUUCAAAUUCGUGUUGGUUGCCGGCCUCUUGGCCACCGUCGCCUUUGCUGCGCCACUUACUCCCGAAGAAGAAGAAGACAAACGGGAAAUGGAACGGAUACAAAAUGAAAGCGCACAGUAUUCCUUUGACUCCAAUAUUGACGACGGUAUUAAUGACGGUACCCUUCGACGAGAGGAGACACGCGACGGCACAAAAGUGACGGGCAGUUACAGUUACAGCGACGGGUAUGUCCAUCGCACCGUGUUCUACGAGGCUGAUGAAAAUGGCUAUCGCGUGAUUAAAGAAGAUACCAAGGAAAUUGGCGAAGGUCCCCAAUUCAAUGCCGAUGGUCAGGCUGAUGUAGAGGGCUCUCUAAUUGGCAAAUACUCGAUCAAGCUGGAUAAAGAUAUGGAGGACAAACACUACAAGGACAUACGCUCGUAGGGAGAGAGAGGUCGGAAAUGCAUCCUAGCAUUUAGAAAUAGACUGAAUACAUCGUAAAAGUCAAACUCUUGUUGUGUUUUUUUAUCAAACUUAAAAUAAACGAUGAGCUUAAUAGUAACAAAAAGAA